AUCAAGCUGUGAAUUUGCGGCUGCUGCUGGUGGUUGAUACGUCCACUGUAACUUCAAAAUGCUGGCUGACGAGAUCCGAGAGCAGAAAACCAACAUGGUUGAGUGAGGAUGAGACUACCCAGCUCUGUCCUUGUGUCGGUCUCUUUGUUUACGGCCGAGACGACGGCUGCUCUGUAUCUGAGCAGCACUUAUCGCUCCGCUGGUGAUCAGAUUUGGCAGUGCUUCACGCUGCUCUUCACGCUUGUGCCAUCCGUGCUGGUGCAGCUCACACUGAUCUUUAUUCACAGAGACCUGAGCAGAGACAGACCUCUAGUGCUGCUGCUUCAUAUAUUACAACUUGGGCCAAUAAUAAGGUGCUUGGAUGCCUUCUGUAUCUAUGGCAGUGCCGGAAAGGUGGAGGAGCCGUAUGUCACCAUCACCCGUAAGAAGCAGAUGCCCCGGGAAGGGCAGACCGAGGAGGUAGAGCAGGAAGUGGGCCAGGCAGAAGGGAAGUUAGUCACCCACAGGGCCGCUUUUGCCAGGACAUCGGUCAUACAGGCCUUCCUGGGCUCAGCACCCCAGCUCACACUGCAACUCUACAUCUGUGUGCUGCAGAAAGGGGUGUCCAUCGGUAGAGGUACAUUGAUGGUCAUUUCCCUUCUCUCGAUUGUAUACGGAGCCCUACGCUGCAAUAUUCUGGCCAUAAAGAUACGCUACGAUGAUUACGAAGUCUCCGUGCGUCCGUUGGCAUACCUGUGCGUGUUCCUGUGGCGAGGGUUCGAGAUCGCCACACGUGUGGCAGUACUGGUCCUCUUCAGUUCCGUGUUGAAGGUAUGGGUGCUUCCGGUGGUGUCGGCCAACUUCGUCCUGUUCUUUCUGCACCCGUGGGUUCUCUUCUGGAGCAGCCACUCUCCUUUCCCGGAGAACAUUGAGAAGACAUUGACUCGUGUCGGGACCACUAUUGUCCUUUGCAUGUUGACCUUCCUGUACGCCGGCAUCAACGUGUUCUGCUGGUCCGCCGUUCAGCUUAGAUUGGAUGACCCUGAUCUGAUCGAUAAGGGUCAGGCAUGGAGGCGCCUCGCUGUGUAUUAUUCCCUCCGUUUUGUCGAGAACAUGGGGCUGAUUUUGAUGUGGUACGUCCACCGGACUGAGUUCUACCAAUGGGUGGACGCUCCCGUGUUAGAACUGUCGCUGUUGUUGGGUUAUGCCAUAGCUGUUUUAUUUAUGUUGCUCUUUUACCAGUUUUGCCACCCUUGCAGACAACUCUUCUCAUCCAGUCCAGCCCAAGGCUUUUGGGAAUACUGUGGAUCCCUCUGCCUGCUUCGUGGGACGCUUUCCCAGCCGGGCUCCAUGAGGACCAAGCCACCAGGGGAAGACACUGGAGACGAUCCACCCUGCGUUACCAAAGGGGACAUUGGACAGAGUUUGUGCGGCGCUGUGUGAGCAAAGCACAGCUUAAAGAAAUAGUUCAACUAAAACUGACAAUUCUGUCAUCAUUUACUCACCUUCAUGUCAUGCCUGUAUGACUUUAUUCUUCUUCAGAAGAAAGGUUUUUUUGAACUCCAUCGACUUUUAUUGCAUAAACAAAGACAGUUGUCUUACAUAAAAUAUCUUCUCUUGCAUUCCACGGAAGGUAUAAAGUCAUUCGGAACCAUUUGGAACAUGAGGGUGAGGUAAAAAAUUACAGAGUUUUCUUUUGUAGGUGAACUAUCCCUAUAAAAACACUGUAAGAAGUGCCCUUUAAGGAUCAAGAGGGAGAAAUAAAAUUAAAAUGUUGGAUUUCUGCCUUAAUGGUGGCAUGUAAACGUCAACGUUUGUUGUACUGAAUAUACUUUUUCUUGUUUGGUUUACAAGGCAAAAGAGCCAGCAUGUUCCACUGAAGUGCAUGUGAAAUUCCCUACCAAGAUGAAACCGCUGCUUUUUUGUCAUGUGACGUGGGAGCGCUCUGUCGGUGUUGGUUUGAUUAAUGUUAUAGCUGUCUCUGUGUAUGGAUUAUUUAAAGCAGAGUUAUUUAAACGAUUGUAUUUAAGCUUUUGAUUUUUCCAUCACCUUGGAGGCAUUGCUCUCUGAAAAUUGUUUGACAACCUUUCAGGUUCAUUAUUAAUACUUUCUUCUAGUUUUUCGUAUUACUCUACUCAUGUGUAAGACUGUGAAAUUAGUCCUGAUUGGUCAUAUGACAGUGUCCUAUCAUAUGAUAACAUAUGGCCUAAAUUCAAGCAAUUGCCUGAAGUUUCUUUAAAAAUGUAAGGACAUAUGGAUAGUGAGAGUUGGGUUGGCAGGACCUUCAUAAUCCUGCAAAGAAUGAUUUAAUCAGUUGUUUUUUCUUUCCUUUGUUUACACUCCUAUUUUGCAUUUGUCUCAUCUGGAGACCUCUUUUGCACAUUAUUCUGAUUUUUUUCUACAAAAUGUUACAAAAAAAAAAAAAAAGUAAUUAUUUUCAUUGAAGGCAGUAGAUGAUUGUAUCCUAACUUUACUGCCCCCCUGUGGGGAGUUGAAUGGUUUGAGGUUAUUAAUUUUGCAAGACUGUGAUUGGGUUACAUUUGGAAACUCCCUCAAAAUAUGUCCUUCAGCACUGCAUAGAGCACACCAUUGCUUUUGAUACGUGCAACUAUCAGCUAA